AAAUAUCCACAGUUUUGUAAAGACACCCAAGUUUUCCGAUGGCAACUUUCAGUGUUUUGCGAUUGUCUAGCAGAGGCGUCCAGCAAUUGCUGGCCUCGCGUCUCGUCAAGCCAGCAUGGGCUGCCACAACUGCUGCACACAAACAGCUGACUAUUGUCCCAGCAGCACAGAUGGCAACCAAGAGCAGAUACAGUGAACCAGUUGAAUGGGGAGCACCAGAGAAGCAUCACCUGCUUCCAUCCAAACAUUGGGCCAUUGAGCGAUACCUGGCCACCGGGCUCAUCUUCGUCAUCCCAGCAGCGUUUCUCUAUCCAAACCCUGUCCUUGAAUAUCUGAUGACGGCUGGAGUGGUCCUCCACGCCCAUUGGGGUCUAGACACUGUUUCCAUCGAUUAUGUUCAUCGUAAAGUCCUCCCACCGAAGGUGUGCGAGACACUUGUCCUCAGCAUGGGCAUCGUGGCUUUCGCUUGUCUAUGUUACUUCAACUACAAUGAUGUUGGCUUCACGGGAGCCUGCAAACUACUCUGGACCUUGGAUAAAUAGACAGACUCUGCAGUAGACUUUCUUGUACAUCAAGUUAUAUUUUGUUACCUGUAAUGUGUUAGAGGAGAAAAAAUGUUUAGUUAUUAUUGCAGUUGUGGGAACUGAGAGUCAAGUAUUUCUUGGACUGACGAUUUCAUUUGAAAUAUUGUACGAUGUGUUAAAAAGUACUUACCGAUCUGCUACUGGAAUGCGUUUGUUAUGAAAGGAGCAGUCCUCCUUAUGCUCUUAAAUAAGCAGUUUCUUAGAACCUAGUUUCUACUGUGAAGUUAUAAAGAUGCUGUAUUGAUCUUGACCUGCAGUCGUCUAUAUCACUGUGUUGAUAGAAUAUCACACACAGGUGGUUGUUGUAAAACAUUUAUCAUUAUUUCUGUGAUCUCCUAAAAUCAUCCUUAUUCAAUAACUUCUGACCACAACAUUUCAGUUACCAGUAGUUGCGUGUAUUAUUGCUGAGUAAGUUGAACGGCUCAUUUGACACGUAGAUCACUUGGCUUUGGUGAAUCAGUAAAAAUCAGUUUCCUGAGAAGAGGUCCCUUGGCUGGCCGGUACUAUAUGCCAACAGUAUAAAGGUGACUAUCAAUAGGGCCUGGGUGUUGGCUAACAUUCCUAUUUACAUCAUUGUACAUGUAUGACACGCUUAUGAUUUUCUACAUGUGAAGUGCCGCACAAGAUGGAAUUUAAAUCUUUUGUUUUCGGGCACUUGGGUGAAACUAAACAAGUUCUCUGACGAUAUUCAUGUGCUUUGGUUGCAUUUCAUUGUAAUAGAAUAGUGCCAUUCGUGUAUUGUGAUGAGACUAAUGUCGGUUAUGUUGUAUAACAUAACUGAAAACUAAUGUUGAAUUGUCAUGGUGAUCAGUGACAGCUUAAAUCAUAGCCUGUGUUUUAUAGUUUGUAGAAGAGUUGUCACUUGGCUGCAAGUACAGUGUGUUGGAGCUGUUAAAAGUUAAAAUGACAAUAAAGACAAAGUCACAAUUGUGUUACUUUGGUGAUCAAACCCUGGACCACUUUACCGUAGUCAAUACCCUGAGCUACUACACCACCACGGCUCCUACCAGUAAAACUAUCAUAGCAUGUGCUACAUCAUAGCAUGUGCUACAUCAUAGCAUGUGCUACAUCAUAGCAUGUGCUACAUCAUAGCAUGUGCUACAUCAUAGCAUGUGCUACAUCAUAGCAUGUGCUACAUCAUAGCAUGUGCUACAUCAUAGCAUGUGCUACAUCAUAGCAUGUGCUACAACUUGUCCAUGGGUUGUUCAUCAUAAUAUGCUUUUUCAUGUCAAUGAUAAUAAAUUAUCCUAGUUAUUCAA